UUAAGAGCGCGUACGUUGACUUAUGUGAAAUGUGUGAAGAUAUUGUGAGUUUUUAUGGAGCGCCCAUGGUGAUUAACAUUAUUCUUACUUCUCUUAAAAGCGUUUUUAAUUUAUAUUACAUUAUUUUAAUCUGUCUCGACUUACGAGAGAGUGAAAUUUUAAUGUAUCUUGGUGGAUUACUAUCAAUAUGGUACAAUUUUUCAUUCACGGUAUUAGCUACUACUGUCUCAAAAAUAAUGAAACAGAAUAAAAAGACGGCCAGGAUUAUAAAUUUGCUUUUGGAUCGAUAUGCAAUGGAUAAGGAAAUAAAACAAAAAUUGACUCAGUUUUCAAGCGACCAAUGGCACCUGACUGUUGACUUCACCGCUUGUGAUAUCGUACCUCUAGACCGUACCCUUCUAGCAAUAAUCAACGGUACGAUUGCAACGUAUUUGAUUAUUGCGGUACAAUUCCGUAUCAGUGAAAUUUCUGAUCAAUAAAUUCAAUAAAUAUACGCUAAAGUGUUUUUAUCAGUAUUAAAAUUUUUGUCUGUUUGUUUUAAAAAUAAUUGUACUUGUAAUUAAACAAUC